GGAGCAGGUGUUCACAGAGGAGAAGAAGGAAGGAGACGUGCAACUGAGAUUCAAAGCAACAAGGAGUCUGCGCUGCACCCAGCAGAGGAUGCAGCUGGUUGUCAUGGCAGCAGUGCUGGCGAUGGCGGAGGCGGGGCAGGGCUGCAGCUUCGGCUGUCACCCGACCGUCGUCAACAUCUCUGUGGAGAGCUGCGCCGGCCCCGAGGUCGUCCGCACCACCAUAUGUGCAGGACAGUGUUACCACGAGGACCCGGUCUACAUCAGCGACUACGACUGGCCCGAACAGAAGACCUGUAACGGGGACUGGUCCUUUGAGGUGAAACACACUCCUGGAUGUCCGGUGGGCAUCAGCUACCCCGUGGCCAGAAACUGCAAGUGUGCCGCGUGUAACGAAGACAACAUGUUCUGUGGGCGCUUCCUCGGAGACGUGUCCAGCUGUCUGUCCUUUUAGAGAGCCGGUUCUCCAUCCUUACGUUUACUGUGUCACUUGACUUGGGACUGAAAUAAACAGGCAUCACUUAC